AUUUGAAAAUGUGACAGGUUUGCCUAUUUACAAAAUCAUUUGUUUGUUCUCGUAAGAUUGAGUUUCUUCAUUUUCAUUGUGACUUAAAUUCGAAUGUGGGAUAUUUUCUCCGCAGUAUUUACGUAGAAGAACUACACGCCAAGGACGACCAUGGCAUCGUCUACUCCAACCAUCGUGGGGGAAAUAAGUGCAACUGAUGAAGUUUCUCAAUACAAGGUAGAAAAGAUAGUUCUCGAUGGUGAUUUGCUUUCUUCAAGCCUUCCUCAAUUGGAAAUGUCUGUCAGUGGUAAUAGUAAUCCAGCAAGCAGCUAUUCGGCUAGAAAAACCUCGUCCGUUUUAGCUUCUAAAAAAGAAGUCACCCCACGAAAAAAAUCUGCUGUAAAGAAACCAACAGUGUCAUCUAGUAUUCCGCUGCCGGUUAUUAAGCCAGCCAAGGCAACUCCUUCAGCCAAACUAUCAAGUCAGACUGUCAAAUCUAACACCGGUAAACUUUCCAAGCCAAAUUCCGGAUUAUUAAAGGGUCCGACACAAAAUAUUAGCAAACACACGUUAGAAAUUCAGUUUUUGAAUAAAAAGAAAAGAUUAUCACUUUUGCAUAAAGAUUUAAUAGAAAAACAGAAACCAGUGCUUGAUCUCUAUCAAAGUUUGGUACAUAUCAAGAAGAAACUAGAAGAAUUCGGAAAGAAUGUGUGUUUGGAAGAAAUUAAAUUAAUACCUUAUUCUGGGAUUCCAGAAACUCCAAAAGAUGUCGAAGCAGGAGCGGGGGAGAGUGUCCCAGCGGAAGUCGUUUUUGGAAUGCAAACUUCAAUCGAAAAUAUCCCUAAAACUUUGACAGAAAUUUGUAAAAACUUAUUAGAUCGAAGAAAUAAUAUUGUUGAGCUAUUAGAUAGUGUGAUUAACUCUGAAAUAGACGCCGGUGAUUUAACUGAUCAAAUAGAAUCUUUGAAAAGAGAAGGAACUCAAUUAAAAAGUCAUUUAGAUAUCGUUCUGACAGAGCACGAAGGCAAAAUUAGGGACAUAGUAAAAAACUGGCAAAAAGUACUUAACGAUAAGACUCAGAUUGGUUCGGACGGCAAAAUUGAAGAACUUGAAGAAAGUCUAAAAGCUCAGGAAAAACUAACGAAAGAUGCAAAUCAGGUAAUCGUAGAUUUGCAAAAAAAACUUGAGGACAAGCGAUCAAAUCAUGAUAAAUGUAUACACGAAUUGAAUACCGUUAUUCAUGGAUUAAAGGACCAAAUUCAGAAAGUUGAGGCCGAGUUAGAGGCGGAGAAAAAGAAUACCACGGAUUAUAGAUCCAGAGUAAGCAAUAGCCUCAAUGCUUCUCGAGGAUUGCGCAACAAGAUAGCUGAACUAGAAAAAGACAAAGUCAAUUUGGACAAUCAAAAUAAUGACCUCAGCAAGAAGCUAAAGCAACUUCAAGACCAACUCAAACACAAAGAAUCUCAGUGGAAUAAGGAAAAGGACGAGCUGUCCAAAAAUAUGAAACAUCAAGAGAACAUGUUGCAGAAACUGUCUUCCGACAAGUCUAGCUUCGAAACAAGGUUGCAAGAAGUCCAGGGAGAGCGAACUAUGUGCGAAGAAACCCUUAUAGAUAAAAUAGACGCUUUGGAAGACGAACUUAAGAAUAUAAAAAAAGAAUUGGUUAUAGUAAGUAAGGAACGCGAUGAAGCAGAGGAAAAAUGUAAAGGGAUGGAAGAUCAAAUAUCUAGACUGGGAAUGCAAAAUAGAGAAACGAUGGAUAUGGUUACACAUAGUAUCAACUGGGGAAAAGAUAAUCAAGAUUCUACAGUAAAGGCUGAUGAAUAUUCUGAAAGCAUGAUGAAAGAUAUACUCAUCCAAGAGUACAGGGAUAAAAUUAAAAAGCUAGAAGAAGAGAAUACCUUUCAAAGGGAAGCGCUUGCAACAGAGCAGAAAACCAGAAAUGCAGUACCGAGCGCAACGGAAAAAGCAGUAAGAUUUCAACAUGAUAUCGUGUCGAAAUAUAAGCAGCUAUUAGCUGAAAGUGAACAAAAAUUAACUGAAAAAUUUAUUGCUUUAAGGUCACAAGAAGUGGCAAAGCUGACGUCGGAAAUCCGUCAGUUAAAAGUGCGACAGGAACAUUUGGAAGAGCUGAAUCAGAAAUGUCCCACCGAUAGCCUUCAGAAGAUGUUCGAAGAAGGCAAAAAUAAGCUAAGAGAACUUAUGAAAAAAUCUUUAGAGAGUGAACAGAAAAUUGCACACUGCGAACAGAUUAUCGAUAAGCAAAGUCGACAGAUGAAUGAGAUGGAAAAUCUAUUGAGGUAUAGAGAAAAUAUGGCCGGUGUGCUAAAAACUUCCAGGGAAGAACUUUUCAUCGAAAAAGAGAGUCUUACGAAAUAUUCUCAAGAACUGAGAACACUUCUAGCAGAGGUUACUAAAGAAGGUAAAAUGAAAGAUCGUCUUAUAAAGGAUCUUCAAUCAAAGAUAGACUCACGAGAACAACAAAUAGAUCAACUGGAAAAAGCUAACAGAGACUUGGAAAACAACUUGGUAAUGACCAACGAAAAACGCUACAAGCUUCAAGAAACGAUAGGAACUAUGGAGAAAGAGUUGCAGUCCACCAAGGCGCAUUUCAACGAGAUUGCUGACUUAAACUCACGGUAUGAACCCGGUGUGGUAAAGCUAGAAGAAAAUAAAUUUGCGGAGAAAACGGAGGAAAUUUUAGAACCCCUAACUUGUGCUUACAUUGCGACAUUAGUAUUGUAUUGUGUUGUACGAAAUUAUUAUAAUCACUAAUAGAAUAAAUUGUCCCAACAGUA